UUCAAACUGGAGAAAGUUAUAAACGUGCAGCGGAUCUGCGUGUCGCGCUCGUUAUUCAGAGAAGAAAAACGGUUUUUGUGUUAAAUUUGUGCAGUUGGAGUAAGGCAAUAGGGAUUGCUGAGGUUGAAAAGUGCUUUACAAAGCUGACAGUCUUGUUAUCAAUCCUACAUAGUUCAGCAGAAUCCAUGGAAGGACAGAUGAGGCCAUGAUUGUAUGAGUUCCGUGGCGGUGAAGGAGAAUCAGGGAGUGUGUGCUGUACGGAAGAACAGCAGUUCUGACGAGUCUUGCGACAUUUUCUCUUUGGAGCAGCUGACUGGCAGACCCUCCAUCCUGCGGCAGUCACAAGCAGACAACAUUAACAAGGCUGUUCUUAAAGGAGCAAAGGUUUGUUUUCAAACUCCACGACGAGACCCAGUCACAAAGCGGAUUAUGUCCCCGAGCCGCACCAGUGGGACAAACAGCCAGGAUGACAGCACUAAAGCACUGGAGACUUUCAUGCCCUUUACUGACCAGAGUUCAUUGUUAAACAACAUAUCCACCACACUAGUCAGCAUGCAGAGCAACAGUGUUUCUUUACAUGAUGAUGACAUCCCUAUUCAGAGCAAAGUAGCCUACACACUUGAUCUUGACAAUCUAGAUGCCAUCAACCCUUUCCAGAGUUCCAUUAAAAUGGCAAAUUCUCCUCCCAAACCUCCUACUUUACCCAUGAGUUGGGCAUCAGAGCUUAUAGAGUCAGAUAAAACUACAGCCAUUGCUUGCACACCUAAAGAUGACCAGAUGAAUCUAGAGGUUAUAGACACUCCACUAGAUGAGACCCUUCCAUUUGUCUCAUCAGUAGAAAAUUCCCUAGUGGAUAAUUCCGACAACAUAUCUUCAGCAGAAGGCACCAUCAUCAUCAAGACAAACAACAAUGAGAAAAGCAUCACAGACACCGAUGAGUCGGAUAUUACUGAACCAAUCCAAGAAUCAAAGCUGAUUGCUGUUACAGAAGAUCAGAUUAAGGACUCGCCACUACCUACUGCAGGAUCAUAUAACCUAGACUUUGACAACCUUGAGAUGCUCGAUCCAUUCCAAAUCGGUGGCUCAAAGAUCCCAAACUCUCCGAUGCUCAGUAAGGCUGAGGGAGUUCCUGAUCCACCUCAGACAUUUGAAGAAGCCACUCUGGAACCAAGUGAAGAAGCAGCCACUCUGGAACCAAGUGAAGAAGCAGCCACUCUGGAACCAAGUGAAGAAGCAGCCACUCUGGAACCAAGUGAAGAAGCAGCCACUCUGGAACCAAGUGAAGAAGCAGCCACUCUGGAACCAAGUGAAGAAGCAGCCACUCUGGAACCAAGUGAAGAAGCAGCCACUCUGGAACCAAGUGAAGAAGCAGCCACUCGGGAACCAAGUAAAGAAGUCGCGAAGGAACAAGACAUCUCACCACAUACGUUCCCAUCAGUCUCUGAGGCUCCCAGUCCACCCGAGGAGAAGUCGACUGUAACCGAGUUCUCCCGAUCUACUACGUCGCCCAAGGAGAACCCAAUGCUGUUGGAGUUUAAUUUCAACGAUGGAGCUGAAGUCAAGUGCAAACCACCACCAAAACGACUGGGGGUUAAAAGACCUGCUGGUACCAAGGCUGUCUCUAAAAAAACAGACACCGUGGUCAAGGAGAGGAAAGAAUCAGAACUCAAGCAGUUGUCCCCUAAGAAUUUAGAGACCGAACCUGUGGAUGUUCCUCCCAUUAAGGGUUCUUACAUGUUUGAUUUUGAUGACCCAAACUUUAACCCCUUUGGAACAAAGGCUAAGAUGGGUAACUCCCCGCCACGUGGGAUCCAAACCAGCCCAGUUUCGAUGGAAUCAGCACUUCCUGUUGAGAAGCGGAUGUCCCAUCCACGGCAGGAGCAGUCGGAGACUGUUGUACAGGAUGAGGUGGCUAAGCCCAGGUCUCCUCGGGCUGUUUCUGUAAACAAUGAGAAAGUUGAAGAAACCACGUUCUCAGUCAACAUGCAGCAAGCGGAAGAUGCAGAGGCUUCUAUCCCGUCUGCUGUUUCCCACAUUAACAUACCUCAGAGCCCAGCCAUUCACGAACCGGAGCCCGAAGCCACUACAGAAUCCAGAACGGAUCUUCAGAACCAGACCUUUGAUCUUGUUGUGGUAACACCAAGUGAAGACGAGUUUGUGCCCGGUGCAUUUUUCAUGUCAGGAGGAGACUUUGAUGGACAGUUUGAUUACCUGGAACAGUUUGGAUCAAAUAAUUUUAAAGAGUCUGCGUUGAGGAAGCAGUCUCUGUAUUUGAAGUUUGACCCAUUGAUGAAGGAGAGCCCAAAGAAAACUACAACGGAGAAUGGCGGAUUCAGCAUGCCACGCCCCUCUCUUGCCAUCAGGAUGAUGGAAGCUGCAAAAUCUGAGGGAAAGCAGAAGUCUCAAUGUAACAACAUGAAGCUUUUGUGUGAUUUACCUCCACCAGUGGUGAACAAUGUGGUGCCAGAUCCAACUGUUCUUGAUUUACUGGUUCCCACCUUAAAAGAGCCAGUGAAGAUGGAGGACUCCAUCAUAGAGGUUCUGAAAUACAGUCAGAGAGACAUGGAUGCAUCGCUACAGAGAGCAGAAAAACAGGCGGAGGAGAGGCAACAACAGAUGAGUGCUAAGAUUGAAACGUUGAGUCUGGAGAAUCAGCAAAUGAUGUUUAUACUGUCAGAGUUUGAGGCCACCAUCACUCAGAUCACAGAUGGGCAUAAGCAGAAAGAAGACCGGGCUAAAAUUGAGUUGGAACUAGCCCUUCAGGAAAAAGAUCAGCUGGCUAAAGACUUGACUGAUUUGGAAAGAUCCUUCUCUUCUGUUGUCAAACGCCUAGACAGAUGCAAGGAAGUUAUUGAAGGAUUUAAAAAGAAUGAAGAGACCCUGAAACAGUAUGCUCAGAACUGCAUGGACAGACUACAAAAAGAGGAAAAGCGUUAUCAAGCUCUUAAAGCCCAUGCUGAGGAGAAACUAGACCAUGCCAAUAAAGCAAUUGCAGAUGUUCGUACUAGGACGGGUGCAGAAGUGGCAACACUGCAGGUGCAGCUCAAGAGAGAGCAUCUUAAAGUUCAGUCCCUAGAGAAUGAUCUGGAACAAAAGGCUAAAGAAGUCAAAGAUGUCACAGAGCUGUGUGAUGAGCUGCUGCUGAAAGUACAAAAGCAUGGGUUUUAAUAUACUUGUCUUUAUUUGUGUUGUUCGUUAUGUGUUUGUCUUAAAGCUGUUUUAAUAAAUAAUAAAUGGGAGUAUUAAUGCA